AUGUUUCCAAGAAUAAGUUGCCUUCCUUUAAUUGGGAAAAUCUGUAAGAACCACCAGAAGGCUACCUUUGCGUCUGUUCCUUUAGUAAACAAAAUUGUGCGUACAAGAAACUCCUUCACUUUGAACAAUUUAGCAAAUGAAAAAGAUGAAGCGGUGCGCAACAUGUUGGAUGAUGGCAUUUCCUUUCUGCUAUGCGGGGACUGCACCGUCCAUCAUAAACCAGGGUUAACAUACGAAAUAGGACAUAGGAGAAGCUUCCAUUUGGGAAACAGCACUGAACUUAUUAUACCAGCACAUCGCAUAAGGAGCAACAUAAGUGCUAGACCUUGGGGAAGUGAGAGUCCCCAUCACAGUGAAGACUCUGGAAAUGGGAUGCUCCCCACCAAUUCCAUACGCACAGCAUGUGUACAGAAAACACUUCAUUUUAGUUGGCUCAAAAAUAUUAGGAAGAAACAGUACUACAAGAUUAUCGGGAAAAUGGGCGUUAAAAAAAGGAACGCUGGAAUGUACUGGAGUUUCUAUGUCAACAAGAGGAAAAAAAUUAGAAAGAAGCGCAGGACUAUUUAA